UGGAUCACAUUCGAAUGUACAAUUCAUGUUUUCAAAUGACGUCUUUUGGUGCGACGAAUAUAAUAAGAGAUAAUUUUAUGCCGACCUUCAAGAUACAAGGGCAAAUUUACCACAAAAUCGGUUCCUUGCUGCCAUUCCCAGAUGCUAACUAUCAAUUUUUGCAAAUUUAUUUCCUUGGCAAUAAUCAAAAUGAAGUCGAUACACGUUGUGCAUUUUUUAAAAGUGCCAGAAGAUUGAUAAUUGAAGAAUUGCAAGCAAUAUUUCAUGAACAUAACGAAUUGGUUACUACGUUUAAGACAGCACUUGAUCAAAUGCAAUCUGAUGAUCAUAAAAUUGUGAUUAGAGCUGACAGAAGACCGAUCGGUGAACACGAACGAAGAUUUAAUGCACCGCUUAAUAAUGAAAUUGCUAUUGUGAUUGUUGGUGAAGAAUUUCAAUCACGUGAUAUUGUAUUGCGCCGAAGAAAUAAUCAAUUACAACGUGUAUGCGAAACGCAUCGCUGUUAUGACGCACUACAAUAUCCAAUUUUAUUUUGUCGAGGCGAAGAUGGAUACUCUGUCAAUAUAAAAAUGGUUGAUCCAGCAAAUCCACAACGUGAAGUAAAUAAAAACGUAAGCGCCAUGAACUAUUAUGCAUAUAGAAUUAUGAUACGACAAAACCAGGAAAAUCAUAUUUUGAAAGCCCGAAAACUAUUUCAUCAAUAUAUCGUAGAUAUGUAUGCAAAGAUAGAAACAGAACGUUUGAAUUUCAUUCGAUUUAAUCAAAGGAAGUUGCGCUCAGAAGAGUAUAUCCAUCUCAGAGAUGCGAUCAAUAAUGACAGAAAUGUAAACAAUAUUGGACAAAUGGUAAUUUUACCAUCGACCUACACAGGGAGCCCCCGUCAUAUGCAUGAGUACGCACAAGAUGCCAUAUGUUAUGUUCGUUGUUAUGGUCGGCCUGAUUUAUUUAUAACAUUCACGUGCAAUCCAAAAUGGGAAGAAAUUAAAAAAUAUUUGUAUCCCGGACAAUCUUCUACUGAUCGCCAUGAUAUCACUGCAAGAAUAUUUCGACAAAAACUCAAGUCACUUAUGGAUUUUAUUGUCAAAUAUAAAGUUUACGGAGAAGUUAGAUGCUGGAUGUACUCUGUCGAGUGGCAAAAGAGAGGUUUGCCACACGCGCAUAUUUUAAUAUGGUUAGUGGACAAAAUUACAACCGAUCAAAUAGAUGAUGUAAUCUCAGCUGAGAUUCCGGAUCAGACAAUUGAUCCAGAUUUAUUUGAUGUUGUCACUAAAAAUAUGAUACAUGGCCCGUGUGGUGUGAUAAAUGUCAAUUCACCAUGUAUGCAAGAUGGCAAAUGUACGAAACGAUACCCUAGAGCACUCAUUUCUGAAACAAUUACUGGAAAUGAUGGAUACCCUCUAUAUCGUCGACGUUCAACACAGGAUAACGGCAAAUCAAUAACUUUACAAGUGAAUCGUCAAGAUUUUGAAAUUGAUAAUAGAUGGGUAGUUCCCUAUUCGCCAUUGCUAUCGAAAGCGUACAAAGCUCAUAUCAAUGUAGAAUAUUGUAAUUCGGUCAAAUCGAUUAAAUACAUUUGCAAGUAUAUUAACAAAGGCAGUGACAUGGCUGUUUUUGGAGUUGCAGAGAACCGAAAUGAUGAAAUAACUCAAUACCAAAUGGGCAGAGUUAAUGGGCGCCUCUGUCAAACUUACCGGCGAGCAUGUGAAGAAUUGCAUCUACUUGAAGAUGAUAAUCAUUGGGAUGCAACACUUGCAGAUGCAUCCGCAACAGGUACACCGCAUCAAAUACGGACAUUAUUUUCAAUUAUUGUUGCAACAUGUUUUCCAUCUGAUCCAUUGCAACUGUGGCAAAGUUAUCGUGAUUAUAUGACCGAAGAUAUCUUGAAUAUAAUGCGUCGUAUUUCUGCAAAUCAGGAAUUACUCAUUACACUGGAAAUGUAUAACGAGGUGGCUACGCGAGCACUGCAACACUUAUAUUUAAUUAACACAAUUUGUAGCUAG